CGCCCACAUCCCCCAGCAUCAACAUGACGCGCCUAAAGCUGAAGAAGCUCGAGGAGUAUCUGCAGUGCGUCGACGGCUUUGAGAAGCCAAAGCUACUGCUGGAACAGUACCCAACUCCGCCCCACAUAGCUGCCUGCAUMACGCAUUGCAUGCAGGAGCAGUACGACGACAUCGAGGGCAAAYUGGUUGCUGAUCUGGGAUCWGGCUGCGGCAUGCUGAGCAUUGGUGCCACAUUGCUGGGCGCGCUGCUAACCAUCGGCUUUGAGCUAGACGACGCGGCUGUGAAUACCUUUCGGCAAAACGUGCUAGACAUGGAGCUGCCAAACGUGGACUGCAUCCGUGCCGAUGUGCUCCAAGUGCCUAACGGCAAGUGGGACAAGGCCUUCGACACGGUUGUCAUGAAUCCGCCCUUUGGCACCAAGCACAAUGCCGGCAUGGAUAUGCGUUUCCUGGAUGUGGGCACGCGAUUGGCCACUGGCGCAGUCUACUCGCUGCACAAAACCUCCACCCGGUGAGUGA